AUGCCUCAAAAAAAAGUGAGGAAAAACAUCCUCAAUCUCUCAAAAGGAGAGACCGACAAACUCAUUUUUGCGUGGAAAUGCAUCCAAGAAAAGCCUGCAGACUGCCAAGAUGGCUUUUUUGCUAUAGCUGGCUAUCACGGCCAACCCUUCCGGGGAGCUGGUUACGGAAACGCUAUGUGGUGGGGGGGUUACUGCCACCAUGGCAAUGUCCUUUUUCCAACAUGGCAUCGAGCUUACAUUCUACGCCUCGAGGAAGCCCUCCAAAAAAUCGACGCGGACGUCACUCUCCCUUACUGGGACCAGAUGAAUGGCGAAUAUGGAGAAAAGGAGAAGAGGAUAAUUCCCAAAAUCUUCACUGAUAGAAAGUACAAAUUUAGUGCUGCAGCUGGUGGCCAUACGAUCGAUAAUCCUCUCUAUUCCUAUAAGUUCGUGAAGGGAUUCAAAGAUAGAAUUUCAAGAUCAGAUUUGGACUACGGUAAACCUGAGGGCUACAAGAGAGUCAGAUAUCCCUAUUCCGGCCUAGUAGGUAGUAGCGACGAACGCAGGACGAACGUUCACAACGAAUGGAUGAAUAGAUUUAGCGACGACGAAGUAACUGAUCUCCUCAACUUGAAUCUCAGAAAUUGGUUCCAUGACAGGAUUAAUCAAACAGCUAGCCAGGGUAGGGCUAUGGGUUUGCGGGAAAAAUACAAAAUGUCGUUGGAAGCCCCAAACUAUACUGUCUUCUCCAAUACAACUUCCGCAGCUCAGUGGAAUGAUGACAACCCCACUUCCGGAGCAUUGGUUGUCUCCGUCGAGUCCCCGCACAAUGGAGCGCAUCUUGCUGUUGGCGGGUAUGAUGUGCCAGACCGGCCUAGCUUCGAUGGUGCGAAUGGAGAUAUGGGUGAGAAUGAUACCGCGGCGUUCGAUCCAGUCUUUUGGUAUCAUCAUUGCUUUAUCGACAGAGUGUUUUGGAAAUGGCAAAGCCGGCAUAUUAAUGCCAAAGGCCAUGAUACUGUGGAUGGUGUGAAUAUUAUUCCUGAAUACCCCGGAACUAGCCCAGUAGACUAUCAAGGCCCAACUCCCGGAAUUGCAGCGCAUGAAUGGUUGACAAUUGAUACUCCUCUUUAUCCGUUCAAGAUUCCCGAGAACGACUGGUCUGGUCGCGGCGGUCAAUAUUGGACAACGAGGGAAGUUUCUCGUCUGGACUUGCUUCCGUAUAGAUACGACAAACCUGAUUUGGCCCCCAGGAAAACACAAUCCGAUUCUGGGAUAGAAUCUGAGGAUAUUGAAGAUUCACUAGGCGGCGAAGAACUUGCCUACGAUCUUAAUCCACCACAGCUCAGAUACCCACGUAGUCAAAAUACUUACCUUCGCAUUUCCGGCAUCGACCGCUCUACCAUCUCGGGCUCGUUUAUCAUAUCUGCCUGGGCUAAGGAGCCGAAUAAGCCCGAGAUAUUCCUUGGUUGCGAGCCGGUGUUUAGUAGGUGGAACGUUUCCGGUUGCGCCAAUUGCAACAAUCAUUUAAAGGUCACGGCGCAUAUUCCACUCGGUGGCUUCAGGAACGACUUCCUUGGUCGUGUAGGUUUCAGAAGUAAAAUAGGUUCUAGUGACAGUCGAAGCGGGUUUGAAGUUGCCGGUGGCCAGUUUACUACCGCAUUCGUUAUCACGGGAGCUGGACAGCCUCUUGAAGGACAAGUUGAGGUUCGGAGCAGGAAGAGACUCAGGGAAUAUCCGGAUAGUUAUGGAUUGAACCCAUGA